UCUACAUGUGCGCGUGCGUGAGAAGAGUGACAGUCAAAGCGAAGCUCGACGCGCUCACAAAUGACAGACAAACAAACUGUGGCUGUAUGAAGUAUAUUUAUUCUUUAAAAACGUCUUUUUGAGGAAGAAACGCUGACGGUACAGCUGUAUCACAAAUAUGCGGCGAAAUAUGGGGUCCUGACUCUGACGUCCAUGAAGAAGCUUUCAUCAAUAAAUGCCAGGAUUGAAAGGAAAAGAAAAUUGCGAAGACUAAUCACAACCUGAAAAUUAUACUCUUAAGUAUUAAUCACUCGCGGACCCCCGACACCUACAAGGGUUCAGUUUAUUCCUCCCGUACUAAACGUCUGGAGACGUAUUAGCUGGAUAUGCAUUGGCUUUAACUAAUGAAGAAGAGAGCGGUUUACAAGAUGAAUUCAACAUCAAGUGACACCGGAGGUGGAAGACCUCAAAAAACUGCCGGCAAAGACCACAAAAAGCCCACAGCAGAAGCCUUGAAAGGGGCCAUCCAGCUUGGCAUUGGAUACACAGUUGGCAAUUUGACCUCCAAACCAGACAGAGAUGUUCUCAUGCAAGACUUUUACGUUGUCGAGAGCGUCUUUCUUCCCAGUGAAGGAAGUAAUCUCACCCCAGCUCACCACUACCCUGACUUUCGCUUUAAAACGUAUGCCCCUCUGGCUUUUCGCUAUUUUCGGGAGCUCUUUGGGAUUAAGCCAGAUGAUUACCUGUACUCUAUCUGCAAAGAGCCUCUGAUUGAAUUGUCAAACCCUGGAGCGAGCAGUUCUUGGUUUUACUUAACCAGUGAUGAUGAGUUCAUCAUAAAGACGGUGCAGCAUAAAGAAGCUGAAUUUCUACAGAAGUUACUUCCUGGUUACUACAUGAAUCUAAAUCAAAACCCAAGGACACUCCUACCGAAAUUUUACGGGCUCUACUGCAUCCAAAGCAGCGGUGUCAAUAUCCGUUUGGUGGUGAUGAACAACGUUCUGCCCCGGUCUUUAGUAAUGCACUACAAGUACGAUCUUAAAGGCUCCACUUACAAACGACGAGCGUCUCGGAAAGAGCGCGCCAAGUCCUCUCCAACCUUCAAGGACCUGGACUUCCAAGAGAUGUUUGAAGGUCUUUAUUUUGAUGCAGACACAUACAACGCUCUAAUAAAGACUCUUCAGAGAGAUUGUCGGGUGCUGGAGAGCUUUAAGAUCAUGGACUAUAGUUUGCUGCUGGGAAUCCAUGUCCUGGAUAAGAAGUUGAGGGGAAGGGGAGGCAGAGGGGACAGUAAACGUCAGGGUGGUCAAAAGGUCCUGUACUCAACCGCCUUGGAGUCAAUUCAAGGAGAUGGGAAAGCUGCCGAGCCUCUCGCUGACACUGAUGAUGACACAAUGGGCGGCAUCCCAGCUAAACACAAAGAUGAGAAGUUGCUGAUCUUUUUGGGAAUCAUUGACAUACUGCAGUCUUACAGGUUUAUAAAAAAGGUUGAGCAUUCUUGGAAGGCUUUGGUACACGACGGCGAUACAAUAUCCGUCCACAGACCUAAUUUCUAUGCUGACAGAUUCCUGAAGUUCAUGGGCAGCACAGUAUUUAAAAAAAUUCAUCCAAUCCGUGGUGCCUCUUCUAGAAGGAAGAGAAGCUCCAUCAAGCCAUGUAGAUCGGCCUCACAGGAGGUUCUGCCAACCGUAACAGAAGAGAGUUUUCAAGAUAGGAGAGCGCAAAGUCUCGAAAACCUUGAUGAUCCAGAUCCAAACUCCUCUCAGACACCUGAUGUUGAUCUAACCUGCAUUAGCAUCCACCCAGCAAUUUCCGUGAACAGCAUUUCAUCAGUUUCCUCUAUAGAUGAUAUAAAGGUUGAAACAGAAGCAGAUUCAGAUACCAGUGAUAAUCACCGAACGUCCACCUCGACAUUAGCUUUGGAGGAUAGUGCUCUUCCAUCUCCAAAUUCACAGGGGAGCACACCUGAAUCUGGUUUAGAUGUAUACUUGUGAUAUGUGAAGGUUUUUGAAGUGGACCAGACCACCAGUACAUCUACAAGUGGAUAUAGAUUACCCAUUUCAUAUUAUUAUCAAAAUCAUUUCAUUUGAUAACGGCAAAUCUUGCAACUCGCUGCCUCGCCAGGCCCUUAGAUAUUUUGCACAACAGAUUUUUUGUAGCUGCUAAUACACGUAAGAUAAAGAUCUUAUGUCUGAAAUAGUGGCAGUGCAGUUGCCACACUAUAUAUAAGCAGUGCCUCGCAGACUCCGUGCACUUUGUACUUGCAGGCACUUGCAAUGUUCGUCAUGUAAUGUUAGUUACAAUCCUAUGUACUGUACCUAUCUGAUGUGUGCAUUGUUUGUUAUUCUUUAUCAACGUGUGUGAUAAAUGAUUAAGGGAUGUGUGCAGGACAGAAAAUGUAAUUUAUUAUUUAAUAAUCACGAAUUAUCUUUGAAGCACUUCUAACAAUGCAUUAUUUAAGUGAUCGUUUUAUUCAUUUGUUUGAUUAUUACAGUACAAUGAUUAGUGCCAAAAAAAAUGGUAAUGGUUUCAAAUAUUAACAUGAAUGAAAUUAAGUUUUGAUCAUGUAAUGAUGUAAGAGGGCCACUGCAAUGUUUUGUAAUUUUACCUUUUGUAAAGAAUUAGCCUACAUUGGUUUAAAAGUAACAAACCAGUCCAUUUUAAAUACUUUUAUGAAAACAUAAUAUAUUUUAAUUAAAUACUUAUAAUACUUAUAAAUAACUCUGUAGAGUGUAUUGCAGUUGCUUUUAAGCUAUUAAAUGAAGUAUCUUCAAGUUUUUCAGUAUUUCUGAGAAGUCAAUCUAAGCAAUACAGUAUACCAAACAGAAUCAAAACGUUAUUGAAUGGAUGUCUCUAUUUUGAAAGGGUAAAAUUAAUACCAGUUAAAAAAAAUAUAUCAGAAUGCUUUUACCUCUACCUAAUGUAUAAAGCUGUGGGCAGGUAAACAUAAGCUCCACUAGGAGGCACUGUAUGUAUGUAUGAUGCUUAUUUACAUUAUUUAUUCAGGCUUGGACUGUUUUAAGUUUUUGACAAAAUAAUGAUAGACUGUAAAGGUAAUUAUAUACAUCUGACCAUAAAUACAUCAAUAAAUGUAUACAAUUUAUCAGAA